AUAAUACCGGAUGAACUUGACAGAAUGAACGGGAAACGCUCGCAUUUUUAGUCUUCCUGCAUCUACGUUUAUCCAGCAGCUGUUGACUUUGAAUAUUAGUACAUAACUACACUUAUUUCUUCACAAUACGGAAAUGCGACAUAGUAGCGUCAUGUGAGGAUAUACGAAACGCCUGAAAUCACCGAAGACACUGAGGACAUUCAGUAUUGAUGUCCGUUACAGCGUAAACAUGUCGGAACCGAGAGUAAAGCGAAUAAAAACGUGCCUCCCGCUCUGUAAAACACAUUUCUAUUCUGCUGGGAGUCAGGUCAGACAAAACUUCCCGACUGCUGUGGAGGAAAGUCUGUGUGGAGUUUCCACUUUUCUUAUGGAGGUCUCAUACAGACUGGAAGCGCUGGCCAAAAUCUUUGAGCAGAGUGAUUUGUCUUUACCCAGAGUGGCUGCGUAUUUUCAUCAGGAAUCAGUGAAAGAACUAGAACGGGCAGAGGCAAUGCUGCAGUACCUGUCCCAGCGGGGAGGGAAAUUCUGUGGCAAGAACAUUCAGAGGCCAGGCACUAAAAAUGUGUGCGCCGUCCUUCCAGCUCUUGAGAUCAUGCUUAACCAGUGGAAGGAGGAGAUGAGCGUCAUGGUGGAGCUGAAUCACCUGGCUCGCGAGUACGGAGAUCCACACACCGCCAGUGUAAUCAAAAGUCAGUUCAUCGAGCCCCUCGUCCCAAAGGUCAAGCUCGUCGGUGACCUCUUGACCAGCGCUCACAGAGUGGGCUGCACCAGUGAUAGCGCAGGAGGCUUCGGCGAGUACCUCAUCGACCAGCUACAAGAGACGCUGACUACUGCCUAGACUUCCUCUUCGGAAUCAUUUAGAACGCUUAGAAUGUGUAUAUGACACUUCAACAGAUGAAUGGAUGGAUAGACUGUUUAAAGGGUUAGUUCAUUAAUUACUCACCCUCAUGUCAUUCCAAACCCAUAAGACUUUCGUUCAUCUUCAGAACACAAAUGAAGAUCUUUAUGAUGAAAUCUUGAGAGAUUUCUGUCCCUGCAUAGACAGCUAUGCAGUUGCAACGCUGACACUUCAAAAACGUCAUAAAGAGAUCGUAAAACUAAUCCAUAUGAAUUGAGCAGUUUAAUUCAAAUUUUCUGAAGAGACUCGAUCACUUUAUAUGACGAACAGAUUGAAUUUAGGCUUUUACUCACAUAUAAACAACUC